AUGGGCAAUUGGCUGUGCAGUAGUUUAGGCGACGAAAGUUCCCCUUCCUGUCUAUCUUGUGAGGUAAUCAGACCACAGAAUGAACACCUAUCGACGGUACGUUUUUAAAUAGUACUUACUUGCAAGUAGGUUAUACUAGGUUUAUACAAACUUAAUUUCAAUCUGUUUUGCGCAGUUACGUCGUCUUCCAUUACUCUGCCAACAUUUUACUCAUUUUUUAAAUUUCGCGUCUACGGUAAGAUGAGAACUUUUAUCCAACAGCACUAAGUUAAGUCGGCGUCCCAGCAGAGUCAACGAACAGAAAUUGCCCGGGAAUCCAUCGACGAUUGAGAACUUAGAAUAAAGCUGGAGUUAAGCAAAAGAGCGUCUAACAGAAAUCUGCAAAACAGUGACUAGGCGCUUUUACUCUUAGAAACAGCAUUGUGUCACGUACCUGGAUAGAUGUGGACGAGAAUGAAAAUGAUGUUUAAGAGACCGUUAUUGCUUUUUAAGUACGCAGAAGUCAACAGCGACAAUGCUCCGCUCGAUGAGAGUUCAUGCGGAUUCUAGAUCAGGCAUAUCUUCGAGGUCUAAGCCCGGUUAGGGCAGUCGAGAAGCCAUAUAUACAUUAGAGACUCAGCGUUUACUCGUCGACGCAGUUUCAUUUACUUACGAUGCAAUAGAUAUCCUCAGAAACAGGCCUCAAUAUUAAACACUUUAACGCGCCGAUUUUACGCGGUGGAGUAUACGUAUGACUUUGAAAAUGGGCAUUCCAAGAAGUGUAAUUCGAGAGAAGUAAGUCCGUUGACAAAAAUAGCACAAUUUAUUUCGUAAAUUUUCAACUUUGGUUCCCCAAGUCGUCCCCAGACGCGAAGCAAGUAGGCAAAAUGGUUGAAAUUUAAACAUGCUUAAAACCAGUAUUGCCCUGUCACUCCUGCCAGUCAGCCUUUAUUAUGGGUUGGCAUCAUGUUUUAUUUGGCUAACGCCUUUCCCGCCUUUCCUUGAGGUCUUCGCACUCAGCAUCCAAUGGGUAGAUUGAUGCAUUAGUUAUCAGAAUGAAUGGCCUCUAAAAUUUUUCGGCGUUUCUUAGAUGGGCAGACACCUAUACUGCGAGUCAUGUUCCAGCCAAAUUUGCGUCCAGUUUCCAGCGUAUGCAUAGCAACCUGUUACAAGUGGUCCCGCCUUUUUAUUGCCAGCUGAUGUUCGCGUAUGCGCGUAGAGGCAUAUUUCCCAGUUUGACCACAGUAAACCUCACUACGUGUCGUAUGGUAUCUUAUAGACGACUUCCUUCUUUUCUAAGUAGCCAACCAUAUCCUUAGGGUAUACAAACCGGCUACGAAAUGCCGUCGUCCGUUUGUGCGCCACGUGUUUCUGGUGCUUCCCCAGGUGUCCUUCGACCAGUUCGGACACAUUCCUAAUGCACAGAAGUGCUCAUCAGUUUCUUUGGUUUGGGCGUCUGAUCGGAACAGUCUGUUUCCUUGUCAUUUUCUUUUAACUGCUGCUGUCUCAUGCAUCGGUGUACAGAAUCUCUAGGAUACCCAUUCUGGGAAAACAGAUUGAACAAAUAAAUCAGUUCUGUUUGGUAAUUUUCGUUAUCAGAGCAGUGAGUUUUUGCCCGGUUAAGGAGCCUCCUUAACGGCACUCCGUCUGAGAGAUCAGGCGAUUGCUCUCGUGAUGUUAGAAAUUUCCGCGUAGGUUUCCUUGCGGUAAAUUGAUGUAUGAAAUGUACCGUCAGUCUUUCUCUGCACGAGGUCAUCAAGAAAUCGGUUUUUGUCCUUAGCCCCUUUCUCGAGUGUGAAUGUGAUUCCUGGAAGUGUUGAUUUAAUAAUUCUGUGGUGCAUUUUCAGUUGAUCUCUUUUAACAAUGACAACGGUGACAUCAACAUAACGUACCCAUAAUUUGGGGUUAACUAAUGGUAGGGCGAUGACCUCUAAUUUUUGCAUCGUGACUUCUGCGAGAAAGCCAGAGAUGGGUGAUCCCACAGGAGCUCUCCUUAGCUGUUGGUAGUAUUCCUGUGCAAAUGAAAAUUUUGUUUCCAGGCAUAGGCCCAGGAGUUCUAGUAAAGCCGUUGCAGAAAUAUCCGUGUCGUAGGACUGGGUACGUCCUACUGUACAUUGUCUUGCCAAAUCCAGUGGUAUGGACGUAAACAGAGAGAUGACACUGAUUUAUAUCUCCCUGUAGGCUGAUAAAUACACUGUUUCAAGACAAAUGGUGUCUGUACUUGGUACAACUGAGAUUAUUCCUGCCCAUGCUGGCCUUAAUGAUGUCACGGGUUGUACCUUUUCGCGUGUGGUGAUCUGUCACCGCGGAUCUGAACGGCUCGGAGCAUUCUCAUCUCCAGCAGCGCGGACUAAAUAUUGAAGUUCCAAGAGCCACUUUCUUGUUUUGACGAAUUAUGUCGAGUCAUGUUUUGAGUUUACCUCGUUUUCGAGGUCUCUGGGUAGUGACGCGGGACCGCGAGCAGUAACACCGAAGGACGACGAAGGAUGGGCCAAAUUACCCCAGCCUUCUUUCUUUGGAUGACCUGAGAUAUCCUCAUGAUGUCGCAACGAGUACGAACUGCCUCGUUUGAGACGAAGUCCACUUACUUCACUCGAAGGACAGUGGUCAGGCAGCGCUGGUCAAUCACCUUCAGUUUUCGCUCAUCUUCCACGUGUACAGACCAGCAUUCCCAACAAUAGAAGGGGAUUGACCUAACGGAAGCACAGCACACGCGGAUCUUCGUGGCGAUGGAGAUAUCGCGUCUUGUUUGUAUCGUCUAAGCAGCGAGUGGGUACACGGAGCGUCGCUGUCAUCAGGCCAUGUACCGAUUAGCAACACAAGAUAGAAGCCAUCAGAAUGAGGAAUUUGUCGUGCACAGCAUUCAAAGUUGUAUUAGGCAGCAGUGACCACUGGCAAAACCAAGGCCCGUGUUGAAUGCGUCCAGUCGUGCCUGAGAGAGAAGUGGCAAAUGCUUCAAUAGGUUUGCGGAGCAAGCCCAAGUGUUCUGCAAGUGAUGUGUGUUGCAUUCUCCGAGGGGUAAAGUGUCCGGUAACUUAUGUUGCAUUUGACGAGGAAUGGUACAUCUAAGUGGCGCAUGGGUAGCUGCGACUGUGUGAACGCACGUCUGUCCGAGCUGAAGUCAGUUGAGUGGCUGCAAGUCAACCUGCCUGUUAACUCUCACUGCGAAGGUAAAUGACCUUGACUUAGCAAGGCAUUGAACAAGGGCACCAGAUAUUUCAAUAGGUACUGUAAGCAUAGUCGAUUCAGAGACAGUGUCGUCCUUCCCCUGUUCAUUCGGCAGCAGCCUCCCCCCGAGAUAUUUGAAACUGUGUACUUCUUCAAGUUGACCGCCAUCAAUCCUGAGGGGUGCGUCCUCCGGGGUAGAGAUUCAGUCUGAAAACACUUUGAUCUUCCAAACGUUCAUGGAUAAACUGUCGGAUUUCGCAACUUCAUUCACUCGUGAUACCACAAAUUAGAGAUCAGCAAAGCUUGAGGAUUGCAAGGCGAUGUCGUCAGCCUAAUUGAGAUUUGAAAGCUGGCGUCAACGUGCAAACUUAUCACCAUCAAAACCAUGUAGGGCCCUUUCGAGAAGACAACUGCAAGCAUCUUUCGCCGGUCCAGUGACUGCGGCGCUGCUGAGUUUAUCGAAGGACUUUCCUAACUGCUCCAUAGACUGCUGGCUUAAAUGAUGACCAUUGACUGCUGCCCUCUCUGUCUGCUCGGAUCGCAAAACGGGGCCCGAUUUCCGUGUUCAGGGCCUCAGUGGUGCUGGGUUGUCGACGUUUUGCGAUAUCAAGGUGUCUUAAACGUGAACGUUUGGGUGCGAAUGAGAGGGGAAACUUUGGGCGUGUGCGAACGAAAACCUGGUCCGACCAAUGGGCGUUACCAAUUUCGGCACAACCCAUCGAUCGGCUAUUGUGAACCAGAUCACAGGACCUAGAACCAACUAGCAUGUAGUCGAUCUGACUGACUCCAUGGCCGUUCUUUGAAUACCAGGUCAGCCGACGUUUGUGGGGAUGCUAGAAGCACUUGUUGGUGACGGUCGAUUCUGACCAGCAAGAUUCAGUAUUCUCUCACCACUGCUGCAUCGAGAACCAGACCUAAAACGACCAAUAAGUUGACCGUUGCAAGAGUCGCCGAGUCCAGCGUGGCCAUCCCGGUCUCUGACGAUUAUCAGCCGAUCACGGCGAGGGAGUCUUUCGACUAACUCUUGCGGUUGCGAAUGGGUUUCCUUAUCGCGCUGGUUGGCAGCUGAUGUUGAUGUGUACGCGGAGACGACAGAGAUGUUCAUAAAGCGGCCCGUCAGUCGCACGAAAUCACUCGCUCAUUGACUGAUACCAGUGCGAGAAGUGCACCGUCCGCCACACUGUGUCUACCAGAACGCUUACGUGGGCCGCUGUGGAACAGGAUGAAUUGGUACUUAACUACCGUGAUCUUUAUUUCUUCAGCGCUCGAGUUGGCGAUCUGGACUUCAGACAGACAGCAGACAUCCACGCUGUGCUUAUAAGGACUACACACCGUCAGACUUUGGUUAACAGGGUGUGGGAACGUUCGCACCUUCCAGCAUCCCAUACGAAGAAUCCGUUCUUGACUGAUCAGUCCACCCCGCACACUCUUCUCCUGCACCACUGAGCUAGGGUUGCGAGACGCGCCGGUUCCCGCGGACGUCUUGACAUGGAUCGUAAUACUUCAUUCGGAUAUACGUUCAUGAAGUUUCUUGGGAAAUGUGGGUACGGGCGGGUCCCCAACAGCCGAUUGGGUUGAUUGUUCGAGGUUGUCUCUAGCUCUUUGGCUUCAGAGCCUGACCACAAAGCAGCGGUGGUAAGCAGACUUAUUUACUGACGGUUCACCGUCGCCGUGUCACAGUGUUUUACGACAUCUUAUAAGGCAGUCGACGUUCCAGACCCCAGCACUCCUUGUCCUGAUAGGGUUUAUUGCUUCUGGUCCGCGACUGCUUAUUCGCCAUACCCGAGAACCUGCUUAUUUCGCAGUUAACUUUCUCUGAUGGUUGCUCAACCACCCGACACAGGUGGACGUGCAGGGCUAGCCAGCAACUACGUUGACUGGGGGUUGGUUCGCUCAGUAUGCUGCAAUAUCACUAACAGUGUAAUUUGACUAGUUAUCAUCCGGAACCUGUAGCGUCACAGAUUUACUCAGCCAAUCAAUCGAGGACACACUGAAGUCCCAAGUCUCGGCUGCGCGACGAGUGCAUGUCAUCGAGUUUUACGUCCUCGGUAGUCUGCCCGACUGGGUUAAGAUGGACAAGUACAAACAAGACUAAACCAACCGGAAUAUUUUAAAGAGCUCGAAUGGGGUGGGAGUUGGGUGAGAAGCGACAUAGAACCUAUAAACUCUCAGGAGGGUUGUAUUGACGACUUGUGCUGAAAAAAGAGUUCACGUCAAUGGCUGCUUCUUAGUCAAGUUGGUGUACCUUUCUGUAGGUUUCCUGUAUAUCAAAUAUGCAUGGGUCUUGUACAGGUGAACAGCAAUCGGAGUUCUGCGCAUUUAUUUCUGAUGUCAUGCACAUUCGUGAACGCAUAAUGAGACAGGUGUUAUCUCGUCAGAACAAUCAGUUCUUUAAAAUUGACCCGAGUGCGCAGUUGUUUCGAGAAGUGAUUCACAGAAGGGCUGCAAUAGAUGAAGGACGCAGAGUUGGACAUCCCGUUUUUGCAGACCGAAUUCGAGUCCAACUUUCUACCUCCCGUUAGGAUCAUUUUAUGGGGAAAUAUUUUGUAACCGAACUUCGAUUAUUUUCGGAGGUUAUUGCUAGUUAUGGGAGGUAAUAAUUUGAUCAAGGGCGCUGGAGACCUGUGAUCUUUUGCCCCAUUCGACUAUUAGCGGCUACUGAUGUCAAUAACUCUGCCGAGUGUCUGCUAGGAAUUUACUUUGCCUGCCUCUGCGCUCGAAGGCCCUUCCCUCCGGUAGUUUUGUAAGAUUUAAAUAAAAAAACCCUGUUUGCCGGCGUCUGCCUAUUUCGCAGACAACCACUUGUGAAGUGCUGGAUAGCCAGUCAGCAGACCAACGGACGAGCUCAUCAUCGGGAUUCCUCCGCCCAGAGGCUGUAGGACAAACCAAGGUUCAUGGUCAAUCAUCCACAAAAUGGAGUGAAUAUGGUGCAGAUAAGACAUCCGGUCUUUUCCGACCUUCGAUUUGGGUCCUCACUCUUAAGGUGGUGGUAUGCAGACGACACCAGUUAGGCGAGAAUAUCCUUUUUAGAUAGCAUGUUUGUCGGAUCUCAUGGCCAGUCUUUGGGAUUGUUGCCGUGAUUUUGAUAUUUUAGCUCACUACUCCUUCUUCAGAUGGGCGAUUUGCUAUUCUUCGCCUGUAGCGAGGCACAUCAAGCAUAGGAGAAGCAGUCCUAAUGGACUCUUCAAUAUUUUGCGACCAUUGUCAGCUGCUAUUUCACCAUCAAGUCACUUCAUCUGUCCUCCCCUGCGACUUGACGAAUUAGCUGUCGCCGCACUUUUUAGGCGACUUGCGACCCGUUAGAACUGGUCUAUCUGAACGCUAGGUCGGUAGUUUGCCCAAUUGGAACUACAACUGGCUUCCAUCUAAUACUGAAAUGGCCCUUUGCGUUUAAUAGGACACACUAUGAACCCGAUGUCUACCAGUCUUUGUUACAUCUUUUCCUGUAUAUUUGCUUUACCGAAGCCGCGAUGCCCUUGUUCUGCCGUGUGUGAGCGGACGCUCCACUGUCUCAUCUGGUCUUUCCGGUGCAAAAUAAGCGCUGACUGACUAAACGCCUAGAUAUGCCAUCCGGACUUAACUUAGUUGUUCUUCCGAAUAAACCCUUAGUUUUCAUCAUGCCUUCUCUAUCACGUAAUGAUUAACUCGCAUGUUAGGCUGUGAUAAAGUUAAUUUCGCCAUGAUUGGAUCCACUAAAACCCUACAGUUUUCAGCAUAGAGAAUUCGAGGUAUAAUUCAGCCACAAGUCCUUUCGCCUUCUCCCAUGAAAAGUAGUGUAAUUUGCCAGAGCAGAUCGCAAAGCCUGUUGAGCUGAUGCGCGACCUCCAUGGGGCAAGCUCCACGCUUCGACGUCGCUCGAAAACGAUCAGCUCAGUCUGCGUCAGUGGUAGGCCACUUGCACUGAAUGGCAAACUUCCGGUGUACAUGGUAGCUUAAUUGUCGAAACCAUGACCACGGUGGAUCAGUACGAGUGCCUCCUCAAUUUCGAUAACCGAUAACCACCUUCUCCUGAAUGCGGAGCCCUGUCCUUCAUAUCGUUUAGCGUCAUGUCCCAUUUCCGGACUGCGCAACACCAAAAUAUCGUUAGGUGGUGACCGUCCUUCCGCAGUUUUAUGUGCACACUUCGGUGUCGUCACUAGGAAGUGAUUCAGCAAACAUGUAAGAUAAUCUCGUGCCUAAGGACGCGAUCGUUUGUGUUCCUGCAGUCAAGGAAGCAGCUAAAACGACAUAUGGUCUCUACUCUGUCAUUAAUAUAUUCUUUGUUGUGACAAUGCUCUUUACUCACCGGUUUGAAAGUAUAAGGGGUUCAAGGACGAAACCCAGCCAAAUCAUUUCUCAAGGUGGAAGCGAUUGUAUUAAUGAAAUUUUCUGUCUUCUGGCGCCUUCUAGGAUUAUGCCACACCUAUCAACCCAUGUUUUCUUUCUUGAUUUCGCUGCAGCGUUUGAUUUUGUCCGUUGCUGGUGCAUAUAACCUAAUACGCCGCCGUGGAUUAUCGUUGUUAUUGACGUCCGCCAUAGUUACCGCUGUGCCAAUGUUUUUUGCCCAUAACCACUUCUUGCAACCAUCCGAUACUUUGUCAGGCGUCCCACGAGGAUGUGUACUGUCGUUCACCCUUCUAAACGACGUAGUUGACUUGCUUUUCGAAAAUGCUGUCUGCAGCACCAGGACGCCGGCUGGCGGUAUCUUCUUGCUGGCCUCAGGCCGCGACAACCUCCGGUGUGCGACCCUCACUUGGGAGAAAAUAAUAGAUAGAGCUCACCUGGUUCGCCGCAUCAAAUUGCCGCGCAUGAGGGACAUUACACAGGGCAUACUUGAGGUUGACCAGAUCAGGAAUAAGUAUAGUCCAAUGGGUCACAAGUAAUCUUAACCACGUGCUUUUAGGAGGAGAAACUGGUUCUGAAAACGCAAUCCCAUUGCCAUAGUGUAGGACUAGACGAGACCGAGCGCUCGUCUGUUUCAAGACGUAAUUUUACAUGCCCCCUCGGCCCAUCCCUUUACUGUGUUCUGCAGUAUUUAAGCAUUCAUGGGCUAUUUCUGCUUAGUCGUUGAAACUAGCGCUUACUGUUUGCUUAGGGUGAACUUUUGCUACCAUGUGCACGUUGAGUAUAGCUUCCCUCACGUUUCUAAUUUCUGCCUUACUUCCACCUCUUCCACGUCUAGCUCAUAUUCUUGCACGGCCUUGGUGAUACGGGGUGAGCUGUUUCUCUCCCAACACUCAUGACUUCUUCAGACGCGGUUGGUCGGAAGCCCUAAAGCCGAUCGUUCCUCCUCACUGUAAAAUUGUCUGCCCAAAUGCGUAAGUGCCAUUCUCAGUAUUCCCAGCCGCCUAGAAAACCAAUUUCCAUCGUCAUUAACAACCGCGCCGUGAUGCCGGCAUGGUAGGGCUUCCCUUGUUUGGGCGAUUUUGGCUUCUCUAGGUAUGACAUUUACGGCGUGUCUCCAGACGCUCCACAGGAUGAGGCUGGCAUUCGUUUGGCUGCAACCGAAAGUAGGUCACGCCCGCCCUACACAUUGUCUUGUUUGUUUGUAGUAGCCAAACUCGUACAAGCCGAAGUCGAGGGCGGCAUACCGGAGCACCGCAUUAUUGUCGGCGGCUUCUCUCAAGGUGGCGGCCUGGCCUUGUACUAUGGUCUCACAUCUGGCUCGAAGCUGGGUGGCAUUGUGGCAAUGAGCUGCUGGCUGCCACUGCAUAAGAAUAUUGUGAAAAAUCAGUCAGUAAGAGGCUCUUUGCUCUCACACCCCUUCUCUUACUAGCGUAUUAAAGCGCCCACGGACCUCCCCAUACUUCAGUGCCACGGUCUCUCGGACCAACUGCUUCCUAGUGUGAUAGGUGACAUGACACACAGGUUGCUGCUCGACUUUCAAAUGAGUAGAUGCAGUUUACGCAAAUUUUCCGGCCUAGGUCAUGGCUACAAUGAGGAGGUAGGCCUUUUGUAGUCUGCUUACUUUCUCGCAUCCCCCCUUGUAGGAGCUGAAGGUGAUUCAGGACUUUCUCCGAGAGACCUUGUCAACGUAG